CUACAUCGAGCAGUCGGUUAGAACGCCCGUGAUCAGUUUAUUCUCGGAACAAUGACAAUCAAAUCAUUAGAAAUCAGUUUAAAAUAAUUUAAAAAAUAGCUGAAACAUUGAAUCAUUUGAUUUGAAAUAAGAAAAUUCUUAAUAUUAUAAUACCGAAAAUGGGGAUGGAACUCGUUACACCAAUGAAAUAAUGUGAUUUCAGUUUGUUAAGUAAAUAGUACACCGUAAAAGAUAGCAUCUACAGGUUAGAACCGUGAAUGGAAAUCGGUUCAUCAUUUAUUUAGAGGCUAAUAAAAUCGAUAAAAUGUCAUUUGGAUACCAUGUAUCUAUUCCAGUAUUAAACGGGCAUGGUGACCGGUAAAAAAAACGCAAGACGUAUCCUAUGGUAGUGCCCUGUUCAACCAUCGUUAUGUGACAUUUAACAUCGCAACCUCGUGAGUGAUACCUGCCUUCAUUUGGAUGUCCUAGAAUUGUGCGAUCGAGAAGAGAGAAAAAAUGCGCCCUUCAUUGAUGCAAAGUCCCAUUGUGAGAAAUGAUGUCCUCCUGUGGUAAUUACUGAGCUACCUCUGAGGUAGAAAUUUAAGUGUUGUAAAGAGAGAGACCUCGAUUUAGUCGCAUAUAUGAAGCACCAUCUCAAUACAAACGCCAAAUAAACGAAGUGUUGCCAAUUGUAACUGGAAAAGAAACGUAAAGCACCUAUUAUAAAACGAUCGAUAUGUAUGAAUUUUAAAUAGAUUGGCUUGGAGUGGUGUAACCGAUUUACAGCGUUGUUGCUUGUGGAAAGUGGCUAAAGAGAUAAUGAAUCAAUUUAAACUUGGAGAAUAAAGCUAUAGCGAGUGGCUCUUCUACCAGUGGAAUUAUAAUCGUUAUAGAAUGAGUGACGCCAAUCAAGAACCUCCCAGUAAUAGUAGUGAAAUUAGUGAGUCUAUAAAUAGUUCUAUUCUAGUUAAAAUAACUCCAAGCCAAGACGGUGAAAGUGAUAAAACGGCGAGCACUACCAUUUCACUCGACGGACCAUACACAAGUGAAGUAAAACCAGCCCGAAAUGGAAGUUUACCGGAAAGUUUACUAUACAGAAAUUCACUCAAUGUGAUACUGCCAAAUUUCAUCGAGCAUGAACAGCGUGCCAGUUUUCCGUUUCCUGAAGUACAACGCCACAGACAACCAAGGACAACCCAUUCAAGCCCAAUCAAGGCCAGCCGAAGAUUCAGCCAAGAUUCGCACGCCUUUGUAACGUGUAAUAGAAGUGUCGAGGAAGCUAAUAAGAUAAACAAGCAGAGCGAUCAGGAUCAAUUAUUUAUGCGACACAGCACCGACAACAUUCAUGCUAUUAAUAACUUUCCGUGCUGCAGUGGACCUACAAUUGGCAUAAAUGGUGGGAUGGGCUCAUACAUGAAACACAUCAACGACAACAGUAACGGAAAUAAUACCAAUGGAAACAGUAUCUCCAACAAAUUCACUGUCACCAGGACGAACAGCACCAAUACUACGGGCGAGCUGGACACACACGGUACGGUUUCCACGGCAUCUGUCCAUCAGUCAAGCGAUUGCAAUCACCACGUGGCCACCGAUGGCAUAACUUCUGGUUACCAUGACGCCUCGCAGGACUCGAUGAAUGAGGUAGACACCGGUAGGCUAGAGGUAGCGAAUGGAAAAUCACUAUCUACCCUGGACGACAUUAUGGAAAGUCCCUUACUGAAAAGUCCAGUUGAAAAAUGGCUCGAGGCACAGGACAACGCUUUGAAGCAAAUGAACGAUAACGACGACCGCAAUCGAAGUCCCGAUCCCUACAGCAAAAUAUUUGGCCCCAAGAUAACGAACGAGAACAUACCGGGAACUCCGAUGGACCCGUCCGAUAUAGCUUCGAACUUCAACCAAAGCUUUACCUCGAGCACUAUGCAGAUGACAAACGAAAGGAGAAGAUCGUCGUCCAAACUGCUAGGAGGUGGUUCGCCAUUUAGGGCGGGUGGCAGAGAUGAUAAGGACUCAUCGAAUCGAAACAGUAUAGACGACACGAGUAAUAGGCGACGAACGUCGCAGCAAUCGAACGAUACUCGAAGGCCCAGUAAGCAAGAUAAAGAGGGUCUGGAUCCCGAGUCCCUGAUGUUCCGUGACGGGCGACGAAAAAUCGACAUGAUCUUAUGCUACGAGGAGGAAGACGAAGGUGUGAUGACAGAGAUUGAAGCACUGAAACGGCAUCAGCGCAAAAUUUUCCAGGAAAGCCUCGUCAAGGAAGGGUUGGAAAUAGAAAUCGAGCACAAAUCACAAUCGUUCGACGAAAAAACGUAUUUCAUUAAGGUGCACAUACCGUGGCGAACGGAGUCCCGCUACGCUGAAGUUAUGAACCUGAAAUUACCGGUCAAACGGUUCAUCACGAUCAGUGUGAAGGAGGAGGAAUCUACUCUAAGAAAACACCAAAAUAAGUGGCUUGCCUACUGGAACAAGCUUAUGUCUGUGACUGAGUACAACUACAGUCGAAUCGAGAAGGAGCCGUCAUUCUACUCGGCGACAGCCAACGGUAACCCAGAGGAACAGUUUAUAGUUAAGGAUCGAUGUACCACCUACAACAGUGCUCAACGCAGUCUGAUAGUGAUGCAAAUUUUAAUGCGAACGCGAUUCGAUGAAACCGAAAAGGCUAACAAUGUCGGAAUCAAAAGACUGCUGAACGAUGGAACCUAUCUCGCGUGUUUUCCACUUCACGAGGGCCGGUAUGAGCGGAAUCACUCAUCUGGAGCCAUAUUCGAUAGGCGUUUACUGUAUUUGGAGUGGGCCCGGCCGGCCAAAUGGUACAAGAAACAACCGCUAUGCCUCAUUCGAAAGUACUUUGGGGACAAAAUUGCUCUGUACUUUUGCUGGUUAGGGUUUUACACUAAAAUGUUGUAUGCUCCAGCCAUCGUUGGAUUUUUCUGUUUCCUGUAUGGAUUGGCAUCUAUGGAUUCCAGCGAUAACAUUCCAACGAAAGAGAUUUGCGAUGAAAAUGGACCGGGAAACAUCACAUUGUGUCCUCUCUGCGAUCGAGCCUGUAGCUAUCAACAGCUAUCGGAAUCGUGCUUAUUUGCGCAGUUGACGUACUUGUUCGAUAACCCAUCUACGGUAUUCUUCGCCAUCUUCAUGUCGUUCUGGGCAACGACGUUUCUGGAAAUGUGGAAACGCAAACAAUCGGUUCUGAUAUGGGAGUGGGAUCUACAGAACAUCGAAAAUGAAGAAGAUACUCGUCCCGAGUUCGAAACGUCCGUUAAAACGUUCCGGACGAAUCCGGUUACCCGCGAAAAGGAACCCUACAUGCCAACUUGGGACCGUGCCAUUCGAUUCUUCGCAACGUCUAGUGCCGUCCUGUUCAUGAUAGCAGUAGUUUUAGGCGCCGUUCUGGGGACUAUCAUUUAUAGAAUUUCACUCGUAUCUGUGAUCUAUAGUGGCGGAGGUCGAUUUUUCCGCAAGCAUGCCAAACUCUUCACCACGAUGACUGCUGCCUUAAUCAAUCUUAUCAUUAUUAUGAUUUUAACUCGAAUUUACCACAAACUAGCUAUCUACCUAACCAAUUUAGAAAACCCUCGUACACAAACGGAGUACGAGGACUCGUAUACCAUCAAAAUAUUCGUGUUCGAAUUCAUGAAUUUUUACAGUUCGCUGAUCUACAUUGCGUUCUUCAAGGGACGCUUUUUCGACUAUCCGGGAGACGACGUGGCGCGGAAGAGUGAAUUCUUCCGCCUGAAGGGCGACAUCUGUGACCCGGCGGGGUGUUUGAGUGAGCUCUGCAUCCAGCUAGCGAUCAUCAUGGUAGGAAAACAGUGCUGGAACAAUCUGAUGGAGUACUUUUUCCCAGCAUUUUACAACUGGUGGCGACAGCGGAAGCAUAAACAACUAACAAAGGAUGAAACUCAUCUGCACAUGGCAUGGGAGCAGGAUUACCACCUUCAAGAUCCAGGACGAUUGGCCUUAUUCGACGAGUACCUCGAAAUGAUCGUCCAAUAUGGCUUUGUGACCCUGUUUGUGGCCGCCUUUCCGUUGGCUCCUCUGUUUGCAUUACUCAACAACAUUGCCGAAAUUCGGCUGGAUGCCUACAAGAUGGUUACGCAAUCGAGACGACCUCUGGCGGAACGUGUCGAGGAUAUUGGAGCAUGGUACGCGAUUCUGAAGAUUAUUACCUACACCGCUGUUGUGUCAAAUGCAUUUGUGAUAGCGUACACCAGUGAUUUCAUUCCUCGCAUGGUUUACAAAUAUGUUUAUUCGCCUCAAUUUACUCUACAUGGAUACAUCGAACAUUCGCUCUCAGUUUUCAACACGUCCGACUACAAGGACGAAUGGGGCACCAAAACCGAAUCGGAUCCAGACAUCUGCCAGUACCGAGGGUACCGCAAUGGUCCAACUGAUGAGGAGCAGUACGGUUUGAGUCCUCACUAUUGGCACGUUUUUGCUGCACGAUUGGCGUUUGUGGUGGUGUUCGAGCACAUAGUGUUUGUCCUGACGGGAAUCAUGCAGUUCAUUAUUCCGGAUAUCCCCGUGGAGGUGAAGACGCAAAUGCAACGUGAACAAAUGCUCGCCAAGGAAGCCAAAUAUCAGCAUGGGCUAAAGAAAUCGCGCGAUACGGAUUACGAAGAGAUUCUGCAGGCCCUCAGAGCGCAAAGCAACAACAGCAGGCAAGGAAUACGCGGAAGCUGGGCACGACGAUUGAGCCGCCUGAGUGACGGACUGGAUGCCCACGUGGAAGUUUCGAACCGUCCGCGACAAUCGCUGGAAUCAACCGUCUGGGAAGUGACAUAACAAUAAUGAACAUUCAGUAGAUGCAAAUAUAUCGUUUAUUAAAUUAUUGUACAUUAUCCAUAUGUGAAAUAAACAUUCCGAUCGCGGCCAUUUUUUUCGUAA